AUGGAGGUUAAUUCCUUGAAGAUGGAGGUUAAUUCCUUGAAGAUAGAGGUUAAUUCCUUGAAGUUAGAGGUUAAUUCCUUGAAGUUAGAGGUUAAUUCCUUGAAGCUGGAGGUUAAUUCCUUGAAGAUUGAGGUUAAUUCCUUGAAGCUGGAGGUUAAUUCCAUGAAGAUUGAGGUUAAUUCCUUGAAGAUAGAUGUUAGUUCCUUGAAGAUUGAGGUUAAUUCCUUGAAGCUAGAGGUUAAUUCCUUGAAGAUAGAGGUUAAUUCCUUGCAGCUGGAGGUUAAUUCCUUGAAGAUAGAGGUUAAUUCCUUGAAGAUUGAGGUUAAUUCCUUGAAGAUUGAGGUUAAUUCCUUGAAGAUUGAGGUUAAUUCCUUGAAUAUUGAGGUUAAUUCCUUGAUGCUGGAGGUUAAUUCCUUGAAGAUAGAGGUUAAUUCCUUGAAGUUAGAGGUUAAUUCCUUGAAGAUUGAGGUUAGUUCCUUGAAGGUAGAGGUUAAUUCCUUGAAGACAGAGGUUAAUUCCUUGAAGCUGGAGGUUAAUUCCUUGAAGAUAGAGGUUAAUUCCUUGAAGCUGGAGGUUAAUUCCUUGAAGAUUGAGGUUAAUUCCUUGAAGUUGGAGGUUAAUUCCUUGAAGAUUGAGGUUAGUUCCUUGAAGAUAGAGGUUAAUUCCUUGAAGCUGGAAGUUAAUUCCUUGAAGAUUGAGGUUAAUUCCUUGUAA